GGAGUGACUGAUGUUUACAAACCGUCUCGUUUCAUUGCGAAAUAAACUAUCAAAUAUAAGCGCGGUAACGGGGAAUUGAUAAUAUAUUUGCGAAAGAUUUAGCUACGUUUCGGAUAUUCUUUUUAAGAUGACAGAUAAAUCAGGUAAUUCUUCACCACACUCUGAGCCGAGCAACGGCUUUUCUGGUAAGUAUGGACCAGCACAGCCAGGAUACGGUAAUUCGCAACAAACGACAACAGCAGUGGUGGUGACUCAGCCAGGUUAUGCUGGGCAGGUGGUUACAAUGCCACGGCCUCCAGAUUACAUGGCCGCCUCUAUUUUUGCUUGUCUUUGCUGUUUCUGGCCAACUGGUCUAUGUGCUAUAUAUUAUGCAUCGCAGGCAAGCAAUUUGGCGGCUGAAGGUGAUAUGGCUGGUGCAACAAGCAUGUCAAAUAAGGCGAGAAACCUUAUGAUUUUCAGCAUUGUCAUGGGAGUUAUUUGGAUAACCCUUGUUAUUGUUCUUCGAGUGGUUGUUUAUAAAACUUAUAACAAGUACGAUUAUUAAAUGGGAUCUAUGAUCAUGGGAGAAUACACCAGACAGACAUACUUAGAAGACGCACUUACAGUCGAAGUAUCUUUCAGCACAAUCAAAUAAUACAUAUUUAGAUGGACUUUUGACUUCAUAAAGACGCGUUACAACUGGUCAGUUCAUGCCGAUUGUUUAUUGUUUGGUAAUACUGCUAAUUUUAACUUUAUGAUGACAGUUUUACACUUAUCAAUUCUUUCACGUCAAGAAAGGGAAUGCAAUCAAAUGUCUUUGUUCUUCAAUAAGAGAUAAAUUAAUGAACCAGCUUUUUUUAAAUAUUUAAAAUUUUCGUAAUAAAAGAAUAUUUCAAACCAUAA